UUGCAAUUUUCCCCCAAAAAAGACCACGUAAAACUGCUUCCGCCCUGAUCCUUUGGCCUCCAAAAGCACUUCCUUGCUGUGAUAUUGUUCGCUUGUCGGUGAUAGUUGAACGCAGAAGAACUUGAGCAAAAUGCCGAGAGGAAAGUACGUUAACCACAAGGGCCGCAAUCGCAACUUCACGAACCCCGAGGAACUAGAGGCGCAGCGCAAGAAGGACGAAGAGGAGAAAAAGUGGCGCAAAACGCGAGAAGGAGAAUCCUCGAGCGAGGAAGAAGACGAUGAGGAUGAAGAGGAGAAGGACAGCGACGAAGAGUCCGAUUCCGACGAGUCCGACGAUGGAAAGGCCAAGGGUGCGGAAGGGGUGAUACCGAUCGACAAUCCUAACCGUGUGGCCAAAAAGACGCACAAGAAGGUGACCGAGCUUGUGGAGGACGAUAAACCGCAGCUGACGCGCCGCGAGAAGGAACAAAUCGACAAGCAGCGAGCGCACGCCGCGUAUCAGAAGCGGCACGCCGAGGGCAAGACGGCCCAGGCCAAGGCUGACUUGGCCCGGUUAGCGAUCAUCAAGCAGCACCGCGCGGAAGCGGCUGCCCGGCGUGAGGCCGAGAAGAAAGAAAAAGAAGCCAAAACGAAAGGUACAAACUCGUAAAGCGGUCCACCCAGCGGUGUGGGAUUGCGUAGAGACUGCGUUAUGUUUAGCUCUCGAUCCGGCAUUCAACUUCUUCAGUGGCUCGGUUGCCGAUUCGGUUUGCUGAACCGAAGAUUCUCAAUUAGAACGCCCUGAGGGAGCUGGAAACGCGGCGCUCCUUCCACUCGAAUGGACCGCUUUGCAGGGACCGAUGGACGGACAAGGACGAAAGACGGGAGUAGCGUCCGAGCUUGCACCGAUUUGUAACGAUAAAUGAUGAGUACGGUAAACGUUUAAAGUAUAAAUAUAUUACUUAUUGGCCACUAAA